AUGGGAGUGGUAACCAAGGGAAGUCAUGGGGUAACUCAUUCUUUUGUUCCGUCAUCUGUUGUUAAGAGUCUGAAUUUAGUAGAUUUUGAGUUUAAUCUGAGGGACCUAGAUGUAAUUUCGGGGAUGGACUGGCUAAGUUUGUACAAGGAUAAGGUAGAAUGUGAAAUUCAGAAAACGUUUCGAGAAAUCCAAGAACCUUUAGUUAUUUCUGUAAUGCAAGUGAGGAAGUUAAUGAAAAAGGAGUGUGCACUAUUUUUCGGUUGUGUUCUAGAUGUGAGUAAAGAAGUCAGAAUAAAGAUCGAGGAUAUUCCAAUUGUAAAUGAAUUCAUGGAUGUGUUUCCUAGUAAGAUUGCAGGUAUGCCACAUGCUAGAGCCGUUGAGUCCCCUAUAGACUUAGUUCCUAGAACGACACCUAUAUCUAAAGCAUCGCAUAGAAUGACAUCUCCUGAAAUAAAAGAAUUGUAG